CUGCAUAGAGCAGUGUGAUAGGCUGGUGGAGGGGGGAACUGCAGCAGAGUAGCACCGCUGUCAGGAAACAGAAGCCCACUGCGAAUGCAACUCGCAUAACCAGCCGAACGAAGGACGGUUUACCUGCGUGAUUAACCAUGACAACUGAAUCAGGCGCAGACUCGGAGGCCAAGCAGCCGCAGGAGGACAAGGAGAAGGGGAAAGCCAAAGCAGCCGCCGAACCCGUCGAGCCUGAGAACCAAUCAGAGCUCCCCGCCGCCGCCGGACACAGCACCCCCGCCCGGAAAGAGCAGGAGACGCAGGAGGACGACCAGGUGUCCCAUCAGUCGUCCACCAGCCGUCUGUCCAGGUCUCCUCUGAAAGGGGUGAAGAAGGUGAAGAUCAUGCAGUGCAAAGUCACCAUGCUGGACGGCUCCGACUUCUCAGUCAACGUGGAGAAACGAGCCAAGGGUCACGUGCUCUUUGAUAAAGUAUGCGACCACCUCAAUCUGAUGGAGAGGGACUACUUCGGCGUCACAUACAGAGAUGUAGAGAAUCAGAAGAACUGGAUAGACCCUAACAAGGAGCUGAAGAAGCAGAUCAGGACCGGCCCCUGGAACUUUGCUUUCAACGUCAAGUUUUACCCUCCAGACCCCGCACAGCUCACUGAGGACAUCACAAGGUACUACCUGUGUCUGCAGCUGAGGGAUGAUGUGGUGUCGGGCCGGCUGCCCUGCUCCUUCGCCACCCACACGGUGCUCGGGUCCUACACAGUGCAGUCUGAGCUGGGAGACUACGACCCCGAGGAGUUAGGCAGCGACUACAUCAGUGAGCUGCGCUUCGCACCAAACCAAACCAAAGAGCUGGAGGAGAAGGUCAUGGAGCUCCACAAGACCUACAAGGCGAUGACACCUGCCGAAGCUGAGAUACACUUCCUGGAAAAUGCCAAGAAGCUGUCCAUGUACGGCGUGGAUCUUCACCACGCUAAGGACUCAGAAGGUGUGGAGAUCAUGUUGGGAGUCUGUUCUAGUGGCCUGCUCAUCUACAGGGACAGGUUGCGGAUCAACAGGUUCGCCUGGCCCAAAAUCCUCAAGAUCUCCUACAAGAGGAACAACUUCUACAUCAAAAUCCGUCCUGGCGAGUUUGAGCAGUUUGAAAGCACAAUUGGUUUCAAGCUCCCAAAUCAUCGCGCUGCAAAGCGGCUGUGGAAGGUCUGUGUGGAGCACCACACCUUCUUCAGGCUCGUAUCCCCCGAGGCACCACCGAAGAAGUUCAUGAGCCUCGGCUCUAAGUUUCGCUACAGCGGCAGAACGCAGGCUCAGACCCGCAGGGCGAGCUCUCAGAUCCAAAGACCGGCGCCGCUGUUCGAACGCUCCGCCAGCAAACGCUACAACAUGUCCCGCAGCUUAGACGGAGCACCCAUUACGGAGAGCCAUGAGACUCUGAUGAAGGACAGCGCUGCUGACGGGGUUUCCAAAGUCAUCGCCAAGGGAGACAUCGUCGCCGUAGUGACGGAGAAGAAGACGGAGGAAGAGAAGGCGGAGCAGGAAGACGCUCAGAUGGCUGCAGAGAUGCCAGAGCCCUCCACACCGCUCAGACACGACACAAAGUGCUCCCCUCAUGUUUACUCCAGCGACCCCCUCCGCUCCGAGCUCUCCCUCCCCUCAUCUCCCGUUUCCUCCACGAAAGUACGGCGGAGGCGCAGGGAGGGCGCGCGCAAACGGGCGUCGUCGGUCAGUCCGGCCAAGAGCAACGACAGUUGCCGCCGACGCCAAGCCCUCGACGACCGUAAAGCCGCGCUGCUGGACGAGCAGGUGCUGCUGCUCUCUGCCCGAAAGCAGAGGCUGGAGCAGGGCAAGAGGCGCGGCGGCAUGCUGUUCUCCUUCUCCCUGCACCUGCCCGACCUGUCCUCCUACCUGGACGAGGACGGAUACAUCUCCUUCCCCGAUCUGUCCGAGAUGCGCUUCCUCCCCAUGUGCGCGCAGAACUUCAUGCCCAUUAAGUCACCCUCGCUCAUCCCCUGCUUCCUCUUCAUCUUCUUCUUCCUGCUGUCCACUUCGUUUUCCGUCCCGUACGCCAUCUCCCUCUCCUUCCCCCUGGCGCUGUGCCUCUGCUACCUGGAGCCCAAGGCAGCCUCCCUGACCGCAUCCAUAGCCCACGGCUACCAUGACCAUGACAGUUCAGAGGAAGAGGAGGAGGAGGAGACUGACAGCGAACAAACCGACUUUGCCUUUGAUGGAGAUAUGACCUGCACAGAGUCGGACGCAGAUGAGGACUCUGAGAUGCCCACUCAGUAUAGUUUCAUAAGACGAGUAAAAGGGGAAAACGUAUUUAUCAAGCAUAGUAAUCUGAUGCUAGAGGACGCCUCGCCUCCGGAAGAGAUGGUCAAGCACCAGACCAACAUCAGCGAGCUGAAGCGCUCCUUCCUGGAGACGGGGGAAAAUUCUUCGGGCCCGACCGAAUGGGAGAAGAGACUCUCCUCGUCCCCGGCACGCUCACCCAGAGCGGACGAACCCCCGAUGAUAGUGCCGCUGGAGCCGGAGGACUCUGAAGACGAGCUGCCUGCAGGAGAAGAGACUAAAGGGGAGGUGGAACCUAAACUCGCUGAGGCGGCAAGAUAUCUGGUGAAAUACGUGGUGGAAAGCAUGGCGACAGAUUUGGCCACUUCCUCAGGGCCUCACGGUCUUAGUCGGUCAACCACGAUGGACGACGACGUCUUCAUGGACGGGACCCUCAGGGAGGUGGACGAGAAAACCCCCGACUCUCAGGAGGAGAGAGCGGAGCUGAAGGUCAGCCCCGGAGCUGUCAGACAGGAAGUGUCCCAGGCCAUCAGUGACAAGAAAGGAAUGCUCAUUAUUUUGAAAGAUGCGGACGACACAGAGGGCAAAGAGAUGAGUUCUGUUGAUGAAGAAGAGGAGCCCACCAUUCCUGAAGAGGAUGAAGCUGAGGAGAAUGAAAUGCUAUCUGCAUCUAAAGAGAGAGAAGACACUUCUGUAGGUAUAGAUGCAGAAGACAAGAUGCAGCGCCUGAGGAUCGAGAUAAAAACUGAAGACAUGACUCAGAUUAAAGGUAUCGACUCGCCUAAAAAGGCCAUGGCAUCCUGGAUAUCUGAGGAGGUGAAGGCCGAGGCUUCAGAGGUCAUCAGUGUGACAAAUGGAGUAAAAGAGAUGACUAACGGCAUAAACCAGGAAGCAGAAAUAUUCAUCUUUAAAGCGGGCCAAGCAGAGCAGUCAAAGUCCUUCGAAGAGGCCCAAACGAAAAGGUCAGAGUUCUUCGAAGAGGUCCAACAAGAGCAGUCAAAGUCCUUCGAAGAGGCCCAAACGAAAAGGUCAGAGUUCUUCGAAGGGGUCCAAACGAAGAAGUCAGAGUCCUUCGAAGAGGUCCAAACUAAAAGGUCAGAGUUCUUCAAAGAGGCCCAAACGAAGAAGUCAGAGUUCUUCAAAGAGGCCCAAAUUAAGAAGUCAGAGUUCUUCGAAGAGGUCGAAACUAAGAAGUCAGAGUUCUUCGAAGAGGUCGAAACGGAGCAGACAGAGUUCUUCGAAGAGGUCGAAACGGAGCAGACAGAUUUCUUCGAAGAGGUCAAAGCGAAGAAGUCAGAGUUCUUCGAAGAGGUCGAAACGGAGCAGACAGAUUUCUUCGAAGAAGCCCAAACAGAGCAGUCAAAGUCCUUCAAAGAGAUCCAAACGAAAAGGUCAGAGUUCUUCGAAGAAGCCCAAACGGAGCAGACAGAUUUCUUCGAAGAGGCCCAAGCGGAGCAGACAGAUUUCUUCGAAGAGGCCCAAACGAAGCCGUCAAAGUCCGGCCUGAUUACCAUUUCGGAAUCCUCUCCUACGUCCUUCGCAGUGGUACUGUAUAAAACCUAAAAACAACAACUGGGUUUGGCUGCCUCCCUCCAUCUCUACACCACCAACACCUCCCUCAGCCUUCCCCAUUGCCUUCCCUCCAGCAGCAGCCAAACCAGACUAACAACAGUGUAACCAAACGCUCUGCAUGGCUAACCUUAACACCCAGCGUUUACUCUCUCGCCAAACCGCCGGUUUCUGUUGCAAUCGGGCCCGCUGCUUCUUUUGUUUUGGGUUUGUUUUUGAGUUUGUUGACAGCUAAAAACAGCUCGCCUUGCCUCAGCAGCUAGCUCCCGCAGCUGAUAAGGAAAGAAAUGGGUUUGUUUUCCCACAGUUUUGCUCCGCUGCACCAUUUCUUUCUUUCAGCUCUUAUCUGUUUGCUGAAAGCAGUGACUUCAUAGCUCUUGGCUAAGUGCCAUCGCUGCAGCUUUUCCCCACCUCAUCUUCCAAAAACCCCUCCGCCCCUCUAACAUGUCAGAAUACACAUUGUAUGGGUCUACUAGGGCUGCUCAAUUAAUCGUAUUUUAAUCGCGAUUACGAUUAUG